UAUGGAAAACCAAGCUCGGUAAAUUCCCGCCCAUCAGCUGAUGUUGACCCAAAAAAUUCAGUUUCUAUUGGAAAGCCAUUCAAACCAAUGACUUUAGAUGAAUUAGAAAGACAUCUGUUGAAUGAUAAUCCUAAAAAUACCCAAAUCGAAACAAAACCUGUUCAAAAUGCUGGCAAUAAUUUGAAUAAAUUUUUUCCUGGUGUAGAUCUAACAAAUAAUAACCAAGAAAGGAGAGUUUUACCCGAACCAUUCCAGCCACUCGUUAGUUCAACUAUAGUACCUCCAUCAAAUGAAACGAUCAACCCUAAACCAUUGUUCAGCAGUCUAUUUAUGCCUGGCAAUAGACCUCUUAUUCAACAAUUUGUACCUACGGUCAUACCUCGUCCCCCAUUCGUGCCAUUCUUACCUGGACCUAUUCCCAAUCCAUCGUUCAUUCAACAUCAUCAAAUGCAACACUUACAGCAGCUUCAUCAACGAUUCGCUCAUCAACGCCGACAGUUUUAUCCUCGACCAGGUACACCUUACCAGCAUCACGAUAGAAGUUCCAACGACGAUGAGUACGCUGGCUUAAUGACUCAAAGCAAUAAAGAAUGGCUGAUAAAAAUUCAAAAUAGUGCAUUAAAUUUCACAAACCCUUAUAAAGAAGAUUUUUAUUUCGUAUCUUUUAAAACAAAACAAUUGGCAACUGCUGCUAAAGCUAAAAAAGGAGACAACGGAUCAAAAAUUCCUGCUUUAAUUAUUCCGGAAAGAAAAAAUGACGAUAGUACAAAAGUCGAAUAUGUGCUGGUACAAUUUGAAGGAUGUCUGGGAAAAAUUCGAGUCAUUGAUGUAAAAUGUCCUCGAAAGUUGUUAGAUGUUGAUCCAAAGCACCCAACCGAAAUUGUUGAUCCAAGCCAAGACAGACCAAUGACACCAAUCGGACGAGCAGAAUUGAAUGCGUUCCGUCGCCUAUUAUUGGAUAUUGAACAGCUCUAUGCACUUAUGCUGGAAAUAGAUGAAGAGGAUAAAAAGAUGGGUGCCCUUCCAGAAUUUCAACGAGUGCCUCAUGCUAACAGGCGAUCCGAUCUUUGCAAUCAACUUUUCAGGGGCGUUUAUGAUGAACAAAGUGAAAACAUUAAUCAGAAGAUAGCCAGUGUAAGGAAAGGCAUCGCUUUAAUUGUAAGAUCACUUCAAGUUCUUUCCGAUUCAAAACAAAAAGCUGCUAUUGUUAAAAGCCUUUUAGAUAGCAAUAACAGUCACUAUGUGACUAAUUAUCGAGAUAAAGGCCUCCAUCAUCUAGAUUUCAAAGAAAUUCUUACAGAUGUCAUUGCCUCACUGAAAGAGUCUCAACUUCCGGAGAUAGACUUACUUUCUCGCAAACUGAACAGUACAUCAUUUUUAAAUUAAUUGAUUUCAUAGCUUUCAAUCA